AUGGGGCAGUUGACUGAAGAAGAUGUUCAAGAAAUAGUCCAAAGAACUCGAGACGGAGGCGGCGAAAUCGUCAAUCUAAUGAAAACAAGUUCUGCUUUCUUUGCCCCUGCUGCUGCGGGAGUGCUAAUGGCAGAAGCUUAUUUGAAAGACAAAAAGCGGGUGAUUCCCUGCGCCGCUUACCUGACCGGCCAGUAUGGAGUGCAGGACCUGUACGUGGGAGUGCCCUGCGUCGUGGGACGCGGCGGAGUGGAAAAGAUCCUGGAGUUGCAGCUCACAGAAACAGAAAAAGAAAUGUUUCAAAAGUCUGUCGAAGCUGUCCGCUCCCUCGUGGAGGCGCUGCCCCGCAACCCAAAGUAA